UUGAUCGCUCAUUCCGAGCAGCGAUUCUGUUGGAGAGUGUGUGAGAUCAACUUUCAGUCAUUGCUAACUUUCCGUUCGAAUCAGUUGUUCAUUUCGUAUUGUGUCUCUAUUUGGAGAAUUUACUGCAUACUCACGGAAAUCAACAUCGAAUUGAAAAAUGUGUAAAUUCAAUCAGAAUUUGUUUAUUGUUUGGUGUUCAAUUUGGUUCUUUCUGUUUAAAAUAUACAAUGCAUCACCGGUCGAUUUUAUGUUAUUGGACAACCUAAUUGAAGAACCACCAAAUGUACCCGAACACGAUUUAACUUAUGAUCAACGGCAAAAUGGAACUGAAAAUAUUCGUUUUCGCGUAAAUGGUGUAAUUUUGGCAUUCCCUUCGUCACAAUCGAAUCAGGCCAGCAGUGCUGUCGGUAAUUUAGCGGCUAACUAUUUACUUCAAUUGGCAGCGGGCACCGACGACGAUGAUGACAGUGAUUAUUUUCCAUUUGUGAAAAAUGCAAAUAAUGAAAACGGUGUGACGGCACCAUCAGACGAGAAAGAAGCGACCGAACCAGCUAAAGACGAUAAAAAUAAAAAGAAAGUUCAAUUGAAACCUGAACAAAUCAAAGAUAACAGUGUGAAACGCGUUGUUGUCGUCAAAGAGGGUGUCAAAGAUGAAGGUGUGGAAUUGUCACCAGAACAUGUUAAUCCAGUUGCUGUUGAUGAGCAACCCAAAUUGGAUGUUAUUCCCAUCAAGAAAGUUCAAUCGCGCCGAAAGAACAAACAUAAGCUCCGACUGGCUGGACUCUUGGACUUCCUUGAAAGGUACAAAGGACAGUUCUGAUUUCACUUGAUUUCAAUCACAUAAUUCAAAACAUUUUAUUCAAUUCAUUUAUUACUCAUAGCAUAUUUAUUGCAAUAGUUUUUCUUGUAUGUAAAAACAAGAAAUCAAAAAAAAAACUAGCUAAUUUUAUCAAUAAAACAUUUUAUCUGGAUCGAAUUAAUCGAA